AUGAAUAACACCACCUUCGGUGAUCUCCUCCCACUGACCUCAGAGGUGGUAGGGAUCAGAGACCAACGACACUUUGUACUUAGGGCGAUUCAUGCAUCUAUUAUUCAAUGGAAACGGCGCCGAUCUGUUGAAAAAGUUAUUGAAAAAUGCCACUUCUACCGAGGUUUUCCAGGAAUCCAGACAGUUCUCCAGGUACAGAGCUUGCCGAACGUGUCAUUUUCCACUUUGUUGAAUAACGAAGCGCGCACAGAACUUUUCUCGAUGCUCAUUGAGAGCAAUCACGCAUACAUUUUAUAUCAACUAGGUGUCCUGGUGGAAAUCUGGGGGGUCUUGGAGAAAAAUCAAUCGUUGACGCCCUCAGUGGAGCAGCGCUUGUCAGUUCAACUGCAUCGAGGGAACCCGGAGGACCUGUCUUCAGAGUCUCUUAGCACACGUCGUGAGUGGAACUCAAACGUCAAUCACUCACUAUUAGAUAAACUCUUCACCAGCGUUGCUCAAUCCUUCAGUCUAAAACGGAAUUUCGUCAGCCGUUUUUUUUUUAAUUUUCGCUUCGCGUCAGUGAGAAGUGAUGCAAAAGUUGUUUUUGAGAAAGAAGAACAAGAAAAAUGGGGGGUAACUGACAGCGAGAUAACACAAGAGUUAGUUGAAAAACCCCGUGGUAAUCAGAUCGUCAAUUUAAAUUUAUCGGCUGUACUUUUGCUACUUUUGUUCAAAGCAGCUGCACUUGGUGCAAAAUAUAUUGGCACUUUUGAUGGUACCCGGGGUCGAAAAUUUGGAGAAGAAAACCUUGUAACAGCGGAUGAAAUGGCAUUAGCCCUUGGCUACUUGAUUGGAGACACGUGUUUAUAUCGCGCGGCAUGUGAAGUGCCAGAAACUGCAAGAGAGUAUCUUGGGACUAUUGACAUGAUUGUGGAAGCUAUGAAAAUCUUCCCGCAGACGUCUCCCAUCAAUGAUAAAUACAUGAAAAAAAUCAAAGAGUUCCGCAAGGCAAUUGAAUAUGGAGAAUUAAAACGCUGUCCACCUGAUUAUACUUGCAAGAAAGGGACCAUCAACUUGGUACUGCCUGAAUAGCAG